GCUUUAAAAAAAUGUAAUCGUUAAAUAAUAAUUCUGAAACAAAACAAGCCAGGGCUGUUUAUAAUGUAAAUAAGUUAUGAUUCAACUUUAAGCUAAACGAAACCACAAACAAAAUAAAGAAAUGAUGGUGUACAGAAACAAAGUUCAUGCAACAAAAAUCAACAUACCCCCUGAUCAACUAUCAAAUCUCAAUACAUGCACAAAGAAAAUAUUGCGCCGUCUAGUGCCAUCAUGGAACAAAACCAACUUCAAAAUAUUACCGACCGCCCUAAACGUCGAAGAUGUCAGUCCCUAAACUCAUUAACAAGUGAAGACAAUGGCAUAGACCUGAUGAUUUACAAGGCAGAUACAGUCCAUCGCACAUAUAGUGACUCUUCAGUGGAACUGUGCAUGCACUGCGAUCAUGGGCGCCUGAUGGACAGCGGUAUAUUAGACUCAAUGCGUUGUGAUCAUCAUGAACGUCUUAUUGACACUGGUAUAUCUGAUCGCAUGAUCAAUAAUGACAUGCUCGUUGUGAUGGAACAGAAGAUUGAUCGGUUAAGUGAUAUGUUCCUGGAACAAUGCCGGCUGCUGACCGCAAUGAAGGAGGAGAUCCGGAGCUCCAAGCUGAUGCUCGAGAAGACAGAACUCACCCACAACCAAAUAUUUGUCGAUAUAUUGAAGAAGGCUAUCGCGCAGAGAGUUGGAGCGGUGAGUGUCGAGGAGUGCAGCAAAGAUGAUGAUAGCACAGUGAACAGCCGCGCCAAGACAUUGCUGGACGCCAUCGAGGCCAGGAAGGAGAUGUCAUUGGACAGCGAGAUCAGAGCCAGCCUUAUCAAAUUCCUGCAGAGUGAGGAACUGAAAGAACAGAUGGUUCGAGCUACCGCGGAGUCAGUCCGCGGCCUGAUAGGAGGCUGCUUCAGCCGGGACAUGUCCAAGCUGUACCUGCCCGUCCUCGAGAGGUCACACCGCAGACUUAUCGCACAUAUUCAUAUGAUUGUGGAACAGGCGUUUAUUGAACUGGAGGACAGGUCUUCAUCGCUGUUCAAGUCGGUUUACAAAACGUCUGGAGCCCUGCGACGCGCGCUGGAGCGCCACCAAUGUCUGCUGGAGGCCACCUCCAACCCUGGACACAACAUGAUCAACACACUGCAGUGUGCCGUUGAGGAACUACUUCAAAAAGAGUUGAAAGAUUGGCGUGUAAAGGUGACAGACUUGUUGUCAAGCCACUUCCACUCGGAGCCACUUGAGAGUAACGUGUCUGAUGGACUCCCGGACUCCGUGGACUUCGAACCGAUCACGCCACCACAACCGGCUGGCCGAGACGUCUCGGUCGUCGACCAGUUGAUGGAAGCAGCGCUAGUUAAUAAACUGAUCGAAGAUGGUGAUGUGAACGGUUCGUUCGAGCGGGCGCUCUCUGCCGGCGACCUGUCACUGGUGAUGGUGGCCUGUCGAGCCGUGGAUCCUGGCCAAGUGUUCGCAGCACCCUGCAGUCUAAAGCAGCAUGUCCUGAUGUCACUAGUGCAGCAACUAGCCACUGAUAUGUUGCAUGAAACUCAGCUCAAAUGCAGAUUUUUAGAAGAUGCAAUAAUUAACUUGGAUAUGGCCAACCAGGACACGCGAACACAUCUGCCUCUCGUGGUCGGCGAGGUUCGAAAGCACUUGUCGAAGUUUCUGGUCGCAUACCCGAACCAUAUUGCUAGCAGAAGAAUCACCAUGAUAGUGAUGGCAGCUAAUAAUUUAUUAAAAUAAACGCAGGAGACGUGACGUAACGUUACAUAUUGAUAUUUUGUCGGCCAUGAUAUCCAGUUUGACUUUCUAUGCCUUAUUACCUACUUACCUUCUAUAACUUCACCAAGUUAAGAAUUAACUAUUGAUUGAAAAAUAGGCCCUUAAACGUAAAUAUAAAACAAAUCAAAGACACAAAUUGGCAUAUAACAAUUAUUGGUGGUUUUAUAGAUAAUGUGUUUAAGUGAAAUCCUAGUGGAAUCAUUAAAUAAUUCUUUUCUUUUUUUGAAGUUGGUUAAUGAGAACCACAUGUUUUGUUUUUGAAGAAGAUUGCUUUUUAAGUCACGAUAAUUACGAAAAUAACGUCAAACUGUCGAAUAACUGACCUAUCUAUGCAACAAUUUCGCUGUGUAACCCGCCUUUGCUAUCCCUUUGGGGAGUAAAAGAUGUGUUGUUAUGUGGCUAUAUCUAAUAAUAGAAAAAUUAAUGUCUAAAUGUGUUGCUAAACGCAAACCUCGAGAACAGCUGAACCAAUCUCACUAAGUUAUUCUUUUUUGUUUCGUUUCGUUAUGGUUAGGAGAAGGUUCUUACGUAAGUAAAAAUGAACAAAGAUGCACUGAAAACUUUUCAAGGACAAACAUAGUUCGCGGGUUACCUAUUUCAUUAUAAAAUUAUUUCUGCUUUAAUAAUACGUCUACUCGUUUUUCGCAAUACUUACCCCUUGUAAGUAUUGCGAAAAACGAGUAGACGUAUCAUCCGUAACACAAGAGGGUACCUACAAAAUACAAAUGCGUUGCCAGGUGAUGAUUGGGUUUGGUUUAAGUCAAAGAGUCACAAGAGACCCAGCCUAUUGCUAUUGGGAACGGCUAACUAUAAACUUAUAAACCUUUGAACAUUGUAUGACUUCCUCAUGGUUCUACCUACUUACGUUUGAUUCUAGAAGAGUCAAAUGUGAACUUGUGAUCAACUUAGGUAUUUACCUACUUAUAUUUUUUGUACUAUAUUGUAUUUUGAAAACAAAAAUAAAUAUCUUCAAGAUAAAUUGCUCUUUUA